AUGGACGAAAGAGACUACGCUCUGCUGAAACGGGCGGCGGACCCGCGGUGGACGAACGCCAGCAGACGGGCCGCGCAAAAGGCGUUGGCCGAUGCCGGCGCGCUCGCGACCGCCGUCAAGGCGGACGGGCGGCGUCUGGCCGACCGGGCGGACGCCGGCCGGCUGACCGAGUUGAAGUCGUCCGUGGAGGUGCUCGGGAAAAGCGCGCGCCGCGCGGUCGCCCGCCAGAACAUGGACCGCAUACUGGUCGAUGUGCCCAAGGACGGACAGCGGGCGCUGUACGACCGGAUGGAGUCGGCCGCGGCCGUAGAACGGUCGCUGGCCGAAAAGCUGUCGCACGCCCGGCAGCGGCUGGACACCCAGCGGAUCCGGGUGGCCGAAAAGACGGCCCGCAUGGCCCGGCUGCGGGCCGCGGCGGCCCGGGCCCGUAGCCCGGUGCCGCCCGCGCCCCGGGAGCCGCCGGCCGGCCCGGUACCGCCGGCCACGAUGGACAAGACGGUGGACGCGCUCCGGAUCGCCAACCGGCAGGUGACCCGGACGUGCGACCUGAUCGCCGGGAACAUGGCGAUGCGGGACAAGCUGAACGACCGGCUGACGGCCGACGUGCGUCAGCAGGCGGCCACCGUGCUCGAGCUGCUCGCGUACGGCACGUACGCGCAGCAAGAGGCGGCCGCGUUUAACCGGCAAUACUGCGACGCGUUGACCCAGCACGGUCGCGAGGCCCGCAAGAACUACGCCAAACACCAGCGGCUCAGCCAAAACGUGGCCGUCGUGGAGUCCAUCAGGUCCGGUAGUUUUCUCGUAUGUUUCCCGUAUCGCGCGCAAUACGUUGUUGUCUGUCGCGGACGGCCGGCCGGACGGUCGGACGGCGAAUACGCGGGGGUCGGUGCGGGGUCGGGGGCGGGGUUUUGACGGGAAGACGCGGACUAUGCCCGCGCGCACUACAUAAACUGUUUUGGCCGGGCAGGAAAAAGAAGAUCGUCGGUCGGCUGCAGGCGGACGACGACAAGAUCGGCGACGGGUUAUUCGGGGACGACCGGCAGUUGGCCGUUCGCUCCGGGUCGCGACUGGCGUCGCAGGGCUCCGAAUGCUCCGCGGAGUUUUUCGAAACGAACCCGUGGGUGACGUUAAACGACUGGAUCGCGUCCGGCGAGAUGAACAGGCAAAUGUACCGGGACCCGAGCGAAACGACGUCCGGCACGGUGUCCGGGACGAGCGGCGAGACCGAUUCCCGCUUCGAAAACAGUUACACGUUUCCGGAGGAAAAGGUGGGUAAAGUGGUCGGCAACGCCGAAAUAACGAUUCGCGUUUGUCGCGUCGGUCGUGCGACUCCCGUACGCGGAGGCGCGCGGUAGGCGUCUCGCGUGUAGGGCAAUUGCAAUUGUUAGUCGCGUCCGUCAGCGUAAUUUAUUUGCGUAAAUGAAAUUACAAAAACGACGCGUCCCAAUCGCGGACCGUAAAACGCGCGCGUCGCUGUCUACACCCGGGUCGCGUUCAUCAGAUCCGAGUACGCUUUAGAAACGACCGAACGGGCCGGCGUCGACGCGGCGUCGGCGGCGGCGUGCCCGGCGUACCCUCCGUCGUCCCGCGACCGACUGAAUCUCCUCUGCGGUUGUGCCGGUCGUCUUAUCCCCGUGAUUGUCGCGUUGAAUUCAAUUAAUACCGCGCGUAACCGAUUUCCGCUCGGAGUUUGUCCGCGACGGUUUAUCGUCUCGUACGAGUGUUUCAACCGAUAACGAAAAUCUUAUCGCGCGUGCAACGUUGUUAUUGUCGUCCUAUUCGAUUCGAUAGCGCCGCGGUGACCCAAACGGUACGCGGUUUUUCACGGGAAAUUUCCAAUUAUUAAAAAAAAAAAAAAAAAAAAAACAAUAAUUUUAUACGCGGGAACCGAUUCGCUUUUUAAUAAUAUAGAACGUUGCCCCCCCUCCCCGCCCUCCCGAACGUAGCGUUGCGCUCACUAUAUUAAAAAAAAAAAAAAAGAAAAAAAAGAAACGGCGUGUAAUGUAAUGUUUCAUUAGUAAAAGUUAUCGGCAUUUUUGUUUUGUUUUUUUAUUUAUUUUUUUUUUUUCCAUAUUUUUCAUCCUUCCGAUUAAACAAAUAAAAUGAAUAAAUUAUGUAAAUUCCAAAAAGUAAUUACCGCUACACUUGUCGACUGCUGCUGCGAAAAAUACUCUUCAAAUAUUAUUAUUAAGUUCAUUAGACCGGAACGGAUGGCGAUAAUUAGCGCGAAAAAUCAAAUAAAAUUAUACGGUUUUACGGUGACGCGCGUUUCGUCGGAAACGAAUUAAUCAAGUCGACGUUUAAAACGCGCGCGCGGCGGGGCCGGGGAACGAUCUCCGCUCUUCCCCUCCCACCCCCCACCCCCACNCACCCCCACCCCCGCACCGCGCCGCUCCCCGCCGCAAACCCAUUCUGAUCGGCCCGAGAACGGAAACGGCUGCGCGAGUAGCGUUUGUUUAACAAUUCAAUCUCACAAAUGCGCGCGGCGUGCGAUGGCCGAGUUGCAAAGGAAUCGACGACCCACUGCGAUGGUGUCUUACACCGAACGAAAAUGAUUGGCAUUUUUUUUUUUUUUUUUCGAAAUCCGGGUCGGGUAAACGGGUUGAUCACUGUGCGAUUCGUUCGCGAUUAGUGUUUUACCGCGACGCUUCUUCGCAGUUGACGGUUCAGGUCGGGCGCACGCGCAAGCGCGUCGGUCGUGUCGGGAUGACCGUGCGACAAUGCGCUGCGGUUAAAACGAUAAGGGGAUUGUAGCCGUAGCGGCGCCGACGUCGUGAUAUCCGUUUCACGCCGCGUCCGAACCGCGAAACCGAAGUCGGUGUCCCGAACAAGUGAAUAAUUGAAAAACCGAUUUUCUCCGUGAAAAUAUCGCAAGUCCGAGCGUGAAAACGUUUGUCGGGGCGAUUGCGAUUUUAAAUCGCCAAAGGGCGCGUCGUCAACACUUAUUCCACGCGUGAACAAAACGCCGUCCAAUAAAUUCAUUCGGCGAGACUGUAGGGGUGCGCGAAGCCAAACUACACACCUUUCACGCAAAAAUUCUGUAUUGAAAUUCGUUCAAAAUUGUAUUACUUUGAAAAAAAAAAAAAAACACUUCCGAGCCGAAAAAAAUGUUCGAAUGUACCGGGAAAGACAUAAAAAUAUAUGACACAAUACAACGCAAUAGACUUAAGUUUCCACAAAAAGGUGGAAACGAAGAACGUCACGUCGCAGGUCGCGUUUCGGCGCAGAAAAGUCACGUGGCGAUAAUGUAUACAGGGGGUGUCACUCUGGUACUUUGGGAGGGAGCUAUUGGAAACAUUGAAAUAUGAUCGAAUUCGUUGGUUUUGUCGAUAAUAUUUUUAUUUUUUUUCAAAUAGCAAAGGCACAUUACGUAUAUUUUUAAAACUUGAGUAUAGUUACAGGUUUUCGACUACAUGUCAAUGUGUUAUAUUCUAUGUUGUUUUUUUUUUUUUUUUUAAUUAUUUGAUGUGCAACGCGAAACGUGUAAAAACAAAUAAAUGUAAAGAGAACAGUGGCGCCGAAACAAAAUAAAAACUUAACUUUUAAUUUUUUCAAAAAUCUUCACUGUCCGCAGACAAACUGGUUAUUGUCGGGCGACGAGGACGUCCGUCGCACCAGGGCGAUGGAAGCUGCGGACUACGUGUGCAAAGAGUUGGGAUUCUCCAAUAUCGAGGAAGUGCUCGAGUAUUUCUCGACGGUCAAGAACAUGGAGUUGCGGCUGAAAAAAAUGAUAAGCGUCCGGAAACAUUUGUUCGAGAUCGUCCGGACCGGGGUGGAUAAUGCCAGCCAGUUGGAAACGGACGCCAUCAACUAUCUGCCCCGUACGAUUAUGAAGUUGGAUAAGGACAUUGAGCGGAUUCGGCGUGACGGUCUAGAGGUUCAGGCCAAGAAGCAAAACCAGAUGAACGACCGGAUAUUCGAGUACAUGAAGCUGUUCAACGAGCUCUGGUUCCAUCUGGAUAACAUGGUGGUAAAACUGGAACGGUGUCAGGUGAGACUCCGCCGUAAGAGAUACUGUCCAAACCCAAAAAGUCCAAUACACGUUAAGGUCCAAUAUAGUACUAUAAUAAUAUCGAAUACGCAACAAGUUCCAACGAUUGAACUCGAUUGUGUUGUUUUUUUUUUUAUUAUUCAUUUAGUCCACGGGACCGGAGUUGUUCUACUCUCAUACCUCAGUCACUUUAUUGUUAUAUCUCUGUUGGUCCGAACGGUACGACCGCGUUUCCUCACGGAAAGCUGUGGUCUAUACGGGGGCGGUCGAACGGCGGGGUGGGAGUUAAGGUGAUAUUACCUCCCCCGUUACCUCUAAUAUUUCUUAAAUAUUUAUAAUGAUUAUAUGCCGUGUGAAUAAUGAUAAUAGUUAUUAAAAAUUAUUCUUUUCCCCCUACCCCGUAAUAAAACCAUUCGACCGCCACGUCUAGUCAGACCGUCCAGAUAUGCAUACGUUUGUGUGUUGAUAACGGACGCUCCGGGUUUUCUCAUUGGUAAAUUGCAAGGCUAAAAAUGUUUUCUCGUUACAUUUUUUCCUCUCUUCGCAAAAAUGCUCGAUUGACGCAUUCUACACUGUCGACUAAAGACGGUUACGAAGGACCCCACUAAACGUUUUCCGUUGCCUAACACCUCUGCUAUGUACGUUUUGUGUUUCGAACAGAAAUAUCGCGUUGCAAUAUUAUCAAGACCGCCCGAGGAGGUUUUAUCUUAAUUUUUACUGCAUUAUAAACUUAGAACACCCGUACUACGUUUAAAAUUUAACUUUUUAAGAACGUCUCGUCGCAAUGUUAUCAACGUCAAUACGAGCGGUAGUAAUACUAUCACAGCGAUGCCGUGCGUAACUGUUGUAUGGAUGUUGAAAAAUGAUGUCUAAUGGACGUUGGGUGAAAGACAUUAUACCGGCAGGAAUACAGUCACGAACACAAAUUUGUGACGUUGCGUGUUUCGAAAUAACGUCGGAGCAAUAUCUCCGAGACAAAUAAUUGCACAGCGGGGGGACGUCUUUUCUAUUAUUCGUUUUUAGUAGUUUCGUAAAAUAUAUAAAUUUUACAAGGUAAUAGUAUUGGCCUAUUGCAGUUUGUCAGACCUUUCUUCAAUAAAACAGUCCGCGCGAUGCGUACUGAUUUCACGUAUUAUAUUUUCGUUGUUACGCCGAACCCGUAAACCUGUUUAUUCAAAAGCCCCCUUCUGCGUUCGUUCCUAAAUCCAAUAAUAACCUAAUGUUUUUUUUUUUUUUUUUAAGCGGAGUACGGCGGGAGCGAGCGAUAGCGCCCGCGAAUAUAUGUGUUCUGUGCAUAAUCAAUUUCGCUGAGGCGAAUAGUUCCUUCCCCCUUCCACAAAAACCCGCGAUGAUUAGCCCUUCUCUUUCUCUUUCGGGGGGGGGGGGGGGGGGGAAACAGUAGGCUUUCGAUAUACAAACCGUAUUUUUUUUUACGAAUUUUAUUCGACCCGCGCGAUUUUUUCGUCGUCGUCGUCAAUUAUCUCACAAGUCUCGGGUUACAGUCAUUAUAUUCGCCCUUUAAAAAAAAAAUAAAAAUCAACACGUGCUGCGACGCCGGGAUAUAAUAUAACGACUCUGUAACUGUGUAACGAGCUUUCUCGGCGAACGCCCGUACGGUAUAAUAAAACCACGAUUAUUUAUCCCUUCCGUCCGGUGUGUACACGCGCAUACGUACAUAAAUUUAUACAUAAUAUUCGCUCGCGUGUGUAGACGCAACACCGCAAUUUAAAUGGCCGGGGGAACGGAAAACGCGCUAAGGGCGAGUGUGAUAAAGAACGACGCGGGUUUUUUUUCCCUCCCGGAGUCGCAGUUAUUGUCGUAGUUUUUUUUAUUUUUGUGUAAAACGCGCGCGGUCCAGGCGGAUAUUAUCGCCCCGUAGCAUUUUCGCGCGACGGCCUCCGUUCGCUAAUAUUUCAGCCGUGCCCAGAUCUGAGCCAGGGCACGGUGUUGGCGUCCGGCACCCGUACCCGGCCGAAGAACGGCUACGGCCGGAACGGGUACGAAACGCGCGUUCCUUCCGCGUGCGCAGCUUUCGCGUUCUAUAAAAUCGACCGCCGCGCGCACGGCCGCGUUCGUCGAGCCUUAAACGUCCGAACGCCGGCCGCUCGUCGAUAAACCGCCGGCGUCGCGGUUUCGUCCGUUCUCUUUCGAACGGCCCCGUCGACGCUCCCGCCGUUCUGUUCUUUCCGACACCCGGUUCCGCGUCCCGUCUUAUCAUGCCGGGGACCGCGCGCCUCCUGUUUACGUGCCGUCGCGUUCCCCUCGCCGCGGUCGCGAUUACUCAUUUCGUCGUAUCAUCCGCUUGUUCGACAACGCGCCGUGACUUUAGCGGCUCGCGUUCUCGGACUAUUGUAUUCCCGCCGAGUACUUUGUACGCAUUCAGUGUUAUCAGACGCGUCUUCGGUUCUUUGUCAACUGCCAUCACGACAUCGGGCGUGAGUUAAUUAAAACGAAUAAUUCGACCGUGCCCGCGAACGACGGCGGCGUGUUUGCGAUUUCGAUUUCUCGUAAAAUAUCAAAGAAGUACCGUUGAAACGGUAAUGUUACUUUUGACUCCGGGAAAAGAAACGUACCGCGCACGAUAUUGUUGCCGUUUUUUUUUUUUAAAUCGAAUACGGUAUUCCAGCGACGUCGUACGCCACGCAGCCAUUACGGCCUUUCGAAACACGCGUAACCGGACUCGGCUCUGAAUCGUUUUCGAUAGCGACGGUUAAUCGCCGCGUACCGAUCGAUUCGCCUCUCCGCGACCUUCUCGCCUACAACAGUGGCGCACACACGCUGUCCGUGCGAAAUAUAUCGCCCGUUGUUUUAAAUUGUUUUUUGUUCAUUCGCCGUACUUUUAAUAUCGCCACUGACUACAACUGUAUUACGACGACCGCGUAACAGACUGCAUAACGAGCAUAACAACAGCGACCGCAAGGCGCGCGCCCAUUGUUUACGUCGCGUACCUACACGGGUGUUUUUUUUUUCGGCGGGGCCGAGGGUAGGCGUUUCGAAACUGUCGUUUAUAAUACGCGUAUCGUAAAUAAUAGUUUACGGUUAUUAUGGUAUACCGAACGCGGUAAUGACCGGAUCGACCACGCCCCCGCCCGUCGCUCCGUUCGAACGCACCGGGCACCCGGUCGCGGGACAAAUUAAUCCGCGGGCACGUGCCGUACCCGGCUACAACAGUGUCCGUACGGGCCGUCAAAGGCGGAGAUAUUGUUCCGGGGGAUAUUGCCCCGGUCGGAUCGAAUCGAAAUAAACGGCUAACGAGCUACGCGCGAAUAUAUCGUUACGGAGCGAAUCGUUUUACCGGUUCGGCACGAUUAGGGGACCCGGCGGCGGAACGGCGUCGCGGGGCGAAACGGACACGGACUUAUCGCGCCCGCGCGACCACCGGUGUAGGGCGAUUCAGUGUAAGUCGAAAAAAAUAAAAAACGAUUCUGAGUGGAGUUCAGUUGACUUCGAUGCGUUGUCGACAGUAUAUAUUGCAUUGUUUCGUAUUACGGUGAAACGAUUAAAUAGGUAUUAUAUAUUUUCUUUAACAAUAUUUGUUCGACGUACCGAUUUUCACGGUUUUCUGCGUUUCGUACGGUCUUCCGAGAUGUUUUUUUUUUCCCAGUUUUUAUCGUUCGUGAGAAAAAUCAAAAAAAAAAAAAAAAUGACCUCUCUAAAGGGCCUUCUCGUUCGGAUUUGCUUUUAGAAAAAGUACUAUCGUUGUAGCAUCGGAGCAUAAUCAUAAGCAUCUUCGCUUCACUCAGAACCUAAAACAAACGGACGUACCUCGCACGUUUGGCGGGCGGUCCACUGUAGACGAAAAUUUGUGACCUAAAUCGUAUUAGUGAGACGUCCCCUUUCCCCCCUCCCCCGGGGAGGUCAAAAGCGUAGCCAAGGAAGGAGAGAGGAAUACGGGGGGGCGGGCAAUACGAACGUUUUGAACCGUGUAAAAUACGCGUUCAAGACGAAACGCUACAUCAGAGAAACGUCGGACCGUCAACGGCCGUCGCCCGUCAAAUGUCGAGACGGCGCGCGAACGUAACCGCAUCGCGAAAUGCAAUACGAAAGUGUAAAAUCGCGAAUUUCCGGCGGAUCGCGACCGGUCCUCGCGCGUCCUCCCGGCCCACGGGCGCUUCCCCGUUCCGGCGCGCGACGUCAUUCAACGUUAUCGAAUCGGGCCGAACUCGCUUCGGGCCGCGAUAACGAUGACGGCGACGAUAACAAUAAUAACAAUACGUCGUGUGUCGUUUGGUCCUUUCGCCCCGGCGCACGCCGCGUUCGGCCCGGAGGUAAACGGAUCGUCGAUAACAGAGAUCGCGUGCGUCGCACGAUUGCGGCAGCCGGCUCCGGCCGGGCGUGCGUUACGCGCGGUGCCGCGGCGCGUAAAGCGCCGCGCGGUCGUUUUAAACGCAUAAGAUUACCCAGAGGGCCUUUCCGGGCGUACGGGCAUUCAAAAUGUUUAUCGUUCCUGCGCGGACGGGGCGACGGGAGUUAUUAUGUGCGCGGACUAUAAUAAUACGCCGUAAAACGGCCCGUUAUGAAACGAGAAAAAUCCAUAUCUACCGAAACGGCCGUAUAAUAUUGCGUGUAUAUACGCGCGCGUUUUGAGAAAAACGAAAUCGCAGUUUAAUUUAUCGCCUUUUUCGCGGCGCGCUCGUAAACUUUGGGAACGAUAAAAAACAAAACAAAACAAAAAAAAAAAAAAACGCGACGUUGCGCGCGUUACAUAAACGGUUUCUGCAAUAGCGCGCGUGUGUGUUUUAAACGACUGUAAACUUCAAAAACGAAUUAUCAUUUCUCGUCGACUAGAUAACGAAAAACGGUCUCUUGUCGUUUUUCUGCCUCGGCGAUAUGUCCGGCGGUGUGCACGUUGCGCGUAAAAAUUGAAAAUACCGAAACCGUAUGAACCGUUCGACGUUUCUCGUCAUUUCGUCUUUUCCCCGAUCAUUACGAAAACUAUUCGGAAUAUUCAAAACCCACUGUCUUCGCGACCAUCUAAAUCCAACAAUCGAUGUCUCUCGGCAUUUCUCGUUUAAAGCAAUAUUUAUGGUGGAAUGCAUAAUGUGCGAAAAAUAAAACGGUAACGCCGGUGCAAGCCAUAUCUACCGUUCUAUCCAUAAUUUUGUUUCCGGUUUGUUUUCCAACUAUUUUGAAAAUUAUGUCUCUAAUGCACCGACUAGAUAAAAAAAAAAAAAACGGUGCUGUACGUUCUAUAGAUCGAAGCGAGAUUUCUUUUUUGAGCCGUGCGAUUACGGUCAGUUUUGGCAGCAGUCAGGACGUGUUAUUUUACACAUCGUCAGCCUAAUUCCUAAUGGCUGUAACUCUAAAACGGAAACUUUUUAGAAGCAAAAAAAAAAAAAACGAGUAAAAAAGCUGUCCUAGGAUAAUGGGGACGGGUGCAGCCAGUAUUGUAGGUGAGAAGUUGGGAAAGUAAAACAUAGACGGGAAUUUAACGUAUGUAUAUAUCUGUACGCAACGAUUAACCAUUGCUAACGAAAAAACGAUUCUGAACGGAGUUCGAUUGAUAAUGUUACUUUGUCAACAACAUGCACGUCAUAUUACGGUAAAAUAAUUGCAUAUGCAGUAAACAUGAAUAAUAUUGAAAUAACAUUGAAUAAUAUUUGUUUAAUGUUGUACGUAUUUUUCCGUUUUUCUUACGUUUUUUCCCGGUUUUCCCCAAUUAUCGGAAAAUUCCUGAGGUAAUCGAAAAAUGACUUCCUUAGAGUACCUCCCCAAUCAGAUUUCCUUUUAGAAAAAAAGUUCUAUUAUCGCAUGUCGGAGCAAAUAAAUUCCUAGUGUGCUGAAAAGUUAGAAAAAAAAAAAAAAAAACGUUGUAAAACCCCAAAACAUUCCUCGCUCGGAAUCUAAAAACAUUUUAUCACGAGUCGUGGAAACAAGACGAUAUUUCCCUCUGCCAUCGAAGAACAGAUGAAGUUGGGCUAAUUUCGUCAAUUGCUUAACGGCCGAUGUACGCGGAAAACGACUGUCCGAUAUGCUCGGAAACGAUGCGCACAAUUUUUUUUUUUCCCGAUAAUGCAACGCAAUAUAAUCUCGAGAUCGCGUUUUCCGAGUUACGGCUUUCGCUCCGAAUUAGUUGGGCGGCGGUACGUCGAUUUCGGCCCGCCGUCCUCGCCGUUCCUCUCGGUCGCCGGCGAAGAAACGUCAGGUCCGGGGCGAAACGUCAUCCGAAAGGGUUUUAAUACCGUCACGGGCGAACCGACGCGAAUUUCCGUAAAGCGGUCGCUUUUAUUAUAUUAUUAUAUUGCGGUGUAAUAUAACGGCGCGGCGUUUGCGGAAAACCGCCGGAAUUGUUAUCCACACCGGGAUCGUUCCGGAGGUACGCACGGAAAUACGACCCGUAUGGUCUCAUAACGUAGUGGCGGGUAGGUGAAAAAACGUCGCGCGCGUUUAGUGCGUGCCCGGGGACGAGUACGCUAAACGGCGGGCAUAAACGGCCGUCGAAAUACACGCACAAGUGGCGACGGGCGUUUCGAAAUUCGAGACCCGCGGUUAAGGUUGAGGGGCUCGACAAGGACGCGCGUGACUCGGGCCUUUCGCGCGCCGGGUUAUAACGUAUUCGCCGCGCGCGAGGGAAAAGUUAGAGGGGAGGGGGGGAAGGGAAAGGUUUAUUUGUAUUUUUACCAAAACGAAUCGUUUUUGUCAUACUCCCGCGUUCUCUUUUCUCCGCAACACAGUUUGUGUCGUUGUCUUCUGCAAAAGCCGAACGUGCCGAUCCUCGGCGGUUUCCCAUACGGCGUCUUUUAUACCCGUACAACUUUUUAUAGUAUUACGUAGCGUAGGAGAACAGAUGGUGCGCUGUAGGCCUUCCUCCGUUUCUCUUCGCUCGUCCUUUCCACGGCGGAAAUUUGACGUUUGCGUUAUCGGGCGUCCAAACGAUUUCGUUUGUACCUUAUACUUUUUUUCUCAUUUAUUUCGGCCAGUGUCCGUUCGUUCGUAUUUCCCGCCGUAACUCUCCUCUAAAACCACUCUACUGUUUCUCUGUAACACCAUGCGCUUCACAACCACGGCUCAAGACGUUCAUCAUAAAAAUGUCAAUUUAAGAGCCUUUUCCUCGUGGUAAUUUACAGCCUUCGUUAGCGGGCGUAAUUAUAAUACGAGUAUGCAUUAAAGCAUGCUAUUACCUAGUUUUCCGAAGGCUGAUUGUUUUCUUUCUAACUUUAGGCAAAAUAGUAGAAUAUUCACAAUAAUAUCCGGAUUCCUCGUCUGAGUAAGGUAACCAAUUGGUUUUCAAUGGCCAUUCGUAUUGAAUGCGCUUACAAUUUGUCAGUAUCAACACAAACAAAUAGCUUAUUUAAAAUUCAAAUAUACGAACUGUCGACAAAAUAAAUAAUUAUUAUAGGUUUUUUUUCUUUAAAAAAAAAAAAAUUAAAAAAAACCGACAUACUUUGAACGCGUGUGGAACACUGUUGUAGGUGAAAAGUUGGAAAGGUAGAGGGGAUAUUGAAUGUAUGUCCGUACGUAAUAAUUAACUGUUGUUGACGAAAAACGAUUUUAAACGGAGUUCGGUUGAUAGUAAUGUUUUAUGGAAAAUAUACAUGUUACACUAUAGUAAAACAGUUACGUACGAAUUAAAUAUUUUCGCUAAUAUUUGUUUAAUAUUGUAUUUAUUUUCCCGUUUUUACAAUGUUUUACCCAUUUAUCGGGAAAAAAAAAAACCUGGGAAAAUCAAUAAAUGACCUUCCUAAAUUAUCACCAGCAAGAUUUCUGUUUUAAUUUUUAUACACAUUCAACGUUCAACAUUUUCGUUGAACCAAUACAUUGCAUCCAACCAAUGUAUCUUUAAAACGAUAAAGUUCGUUUACUAUGUUUGAAUCGUUAUUCUCAAAAAUGUACGCAGUUACCAGUACAAUAUGAAUAAAUAAGUUAUUCGGUGUACGUUUCAACACAUUCGUCGUGCAAUUUGUUUUCUUCGUGAAUUGAUAACUUAUUGUAUAUUUUCUUUAAUUCCCGUUUUAAUCUGCAAUAACACGGUAAAAACCUAGUAACUGUCGGUGUAUUUAUUUAGUAAUAACUUCCGAGAUUGAUUGUUGAUUGCGGUCAACACGGGUCGCGCCAACCGAUAACGAACAACGCGGUCGUGUUUCGCUACAUUAUUCCGCACGACCGCCGUGGUCGCUUGAAAAACGAAUACGUACCGCUGACUCGAGACUUGAUAAUACGCGACUAUAGACUUAAUACUUAAUAAUGCUACACGCGAUUUUAUGUCUUAUUAUCAUAAUAAUAAUAAUAAUAACGAUGAUGAUCGUUUGAUGUCGGUUGACAUUUUAUAAGUAGAAAAAAAAAAAACUUUGGGAAGUAGGAUUUGCCGUACUCGUCCACAGCCCCGCUCCGAGUUAUCACGCCCCUGAGCCAGCUGCGUUUUGAUCCGAUAUUUUCGUUACGUGCAAUGCUCGCCUUGCGCAGGUGCCGGUGGUCAGAAAAUAUCAGUUGCGCAAGAAGAAUCAGACCGAGUGCACUCGGGCCACGAUGGACGCGCAUCGGAUGCUGGAAUCAUUGCAACUGUCGAUAGGCGUCGACAGUGGCGGCGUAACGGUCGGUAAUGUCCCGUGCGCCUUGGUUUCGGAAGCGGCGGACCGCGACGACCGGAGAAACUGCCGGUCCAGCCGGAUUUCCGGGGUGGACGCUUGCCGGAAGCUGGUGGCGGUGCUGCACGCCAAAGUCAAGGCGUGCAUGGUGCACAUCGGUGGCGGCUUCGACGCGACCGACGACAAACAGCUCGCGGCCCGCGCUUACUUCGAGUACAACCAGCAGUAUCACGUUCAGAGGGCCGCUCUGGAGAAAAAACUCCGGCUGCAGCGGACCCGGCUGAAGCAGUUAUCGUCGGACGGGGACGGGGACGGGGACGGGGACGGCGAAAACGAGAUGACGAUAAAGGCCGAUAAAAGCAAGACGGCCAUCGCGACCGCCCGGGCCGCUGCGGGCCUGAAGACCCGGGAACAGGCCAAACAGGAGUCCGAAGCCAUCGUCGAGUGGUUCAUGACGCCCAAAGACUCGGACGACGCCAAGAGGACCAGGAAACCCAUAUCGUUCAGGCGGUCGCGGAUCAUCGUCUGA